AGCCUGUGGUGUUGUAAAAAAAACACAAUUGUACCGAAGAUGUUACCCUACACACUUGUCUCGUCCGCGGUCUUUUUAAGUUGCGUUGCUGCGUAUAAGCUGGUCAUAUUCGUUCCAUGUGUGGCCAAAAGUCAGGUGGUUUUCAAUAUUCGAGUAGCUGACACCCUGUCCAAAGCAGGGCAUGAUGUUACUAUGAUAAUGCUGCAAGUUCUGGACGAAGAUGACAUAAAGAUUGUGAAGGUCCCAUCUAAAAUACAAACCUAUUACCUCAAUGGUUCCUCGGGUGUGAAGAUGAAAGACUUUGAAGAGGAGCAGCAGGAGUUCAUAUAUCAGGAUCUUCCGAUAUGGGACUACAGGUUUCGAAAAAUGAUGAAUCGAGCUACUUCGUUGUUCAUAAAUUCCUGCAAAAAGAUUCUGGAAAAUAAAGAGUUUCUCGAGUGGUUGGCCGACCAAAAGUUCGAUCUUGCAUUUAGUUACGUUAUGAAUGCUUGCCCAAUUGGUGUGAUACAUCACGCCAAAAUUCCAACGUGGAUUUGGCUGAAUAGCGCUGCUUUGAUGGAAUUUGUAGCGUAUCACAUGGGUGUGCCACUCAUUCCUAGCUAUGUUCCACCAAUGGUAAUGGAAAGCACGGACACGAUGAAUUUUUUGGAAAGAACAAAAAGCGUCAUUGGGUACAUGCUGAUGAUUCCUAUAUGGAAAUGGAUUGUAACCGACAAAGAGACCGCCUUGUUCCGUGAGUUGAUUGAUCCCGACUUUCCAGACUUGCUCGAAUUGGCGAAGCAGUGCCCACUGGUGAUGGUGAACUCAAAUGAACUUUACGACUACCCGAGGCCUACACUCGCCAAAAUAGUAAAUAUAGGUGGAAUAGGGGCCCAGCUGAAAGAUGCAAAGCCAUUAGCCCCAGAGUAUCAACGAAUAGCUGAUGCAGGCAAAGGAUUCAUUGUAUUCUCGUUUGGUUCAAUAACUCCCUCUGAAAAAAUGCCAUUGGCUUGGAAGACGGCCUUUAUUGAAGCUUUCGAGCGCUUUCAUAAUUACCAUUUUAUCUGGAGAUAUGUGGGAGCUGAUUUGCAAGGUAAAUUACCGUCUAAUGUCCACACCUUCAAAUGGCUACCGCAGUCAGAUCUCUUGCAGCAUCCUAAUGUCAAGGCGUUCAUAACUCAUGGCGGAUAUAACGGCAUGCAGGAAGCGAUUUCGGCUGGAGUACCAGUGAUUGCUAUACCUUUGUUCGGAGAUCAACCAAAAAAUGCGAGACUUGCUGAACACCAUGGGUUUGCUGUCCGCAUCUCAAAGAACAACAUCACAGCUGAAUCUGUCGCUGAGGCACUUACGAAAAUACUAAACGACCAAAGCUACACAAUGGUCAUCAAGCGGAUCUCCAAUAUGGUCAAGAAAAAGCCAGUCAGCGUUUCUCAUUUAUUAGUGUCGUGGACAGAGUUUGUGGCGGAGUUCAAGACUCUCGAAAAUCUCGUACCGGCCGGAAACAAACUUAACUUCGUGCAGUAUCAUUCUAUAGACGUCAUUGCAACAAUCAUUGCUUGCACUGUUUCAUUCAUGUACAUCCUUUGGAGGCUACUGAUUUUUGUGGUGUUCAAAUUAAUUGCCUUGGUGAACGCCAAGAAACUAAAGAAGGAGUAACCCGGAAAUGGUAGUAAUGAUCGUUCAUAAGCUCAAUUUCUCAUUGUCAUUCCUCGUCUCUUAUUCGACUCUUUCGGCAGAUGUCGCCUCUCACUUUAGUUGGCUAUUCUCAAUCAUUCAGAGCUAAAGAAGACUCUCCGACGAUGAAGUUGAGGUGACUGAGCACAUCUAAAUUUGUAAAAAGAAUUUUGUAAACGGGAUAGUUUUGGAAGGAACAGGUUCUCACAGUACCACCUCCCAUUGCUCUGCCUGAAAAUUAUGUUCAAAAAUAUUUUUAUAGAAUUUUUUUUUUAUAUAAAACGCACUUGCUGCCACUCAUAUGGCUUUUUGAU